AUGGAUGAACAGGUCCCUCCGACGAAGAAACGCAGACUGGAUGAUGGCAGUCCACGAUCCAGCGACGGUUCCUCGGACGAGCUAGCAGGCAACGCAGACAUUGAGCGGCGAAGGGGCAGCUGGAACAGAGAUUCACGGCAGCACUCACCGAGCUAUCGUCCUGAUAAGCAGUCGUCACGGUCGCGAAGUGCGUCAGGCAGCGACGAUGAACUGGCGGGGGAUGUACGGGCGUCGUGGCGGUCUCGGCCCGCGUCUCAUUCGCGGUCACCAUCACGAUCACGGUCUCACUCUCGCGGUGCAAGGAGUAGGUCAAGGUCGAUGUCCAAGGAGAGAAGAGCAGAUGAGUCCAAUCCUGGGUCAAAGGAUAACCGGGGGCGGGAAUUCACAGAGAGUGAAUCGGAGGGUGAAGGGCGUAAAGCUCGGAGACGCGAUGGGACUCCCAAGGAACAGACACCUCAGCCGACGCCUCAGCCAGAAAGACUGCAUUAUCAGGAGAAGUUUGUGUUAAAGGGCCAUCAGCGGGGGGUUUCUGCCGUGAAAUUCUCGCCCGAUGGGACGAUGGUAGCAAGUUGCUCUGCCGAUGCCACGAUUAAAAUAUGGAAUACGGCAACAGGAAGCCUGAUCCACACCUUUGAAGGACACCUGGCAGGGAUCUCUACUAUAUCUUGGAGUCCGGAUGGAGAGACCAUUGCCUCCGGCUCGGACGAUAAGUCGAUACGGCUCUGGAAUGUUAUUACGGGGAAACCAUAUCCCAAUCCAUUUGUCGGCCAUCAUAAUUAUGUCUAUUCCAUCGCAUUUUCUCCCAAGGGAAACAUGCUUGUCAGCGGUUCAUACGAUGAAGCGGUCUUCAUCUGGGACGUACGAUCUGCUAGAAUAAUGCGUUCUCUGCCCGCACACUCGGAUCCGGUUGCAGGCGUCGACUUCGUCCGGGACGGCACGCUCAUAGUAUCCUGUGCCGGCGACGGUCUAGUUCGAAUAUGGGAUUCUGCAACUGGCCAAUGCCUACGGACCCUGGUCCACGAAGAUAACCCACCGGUCGCCUCCGUCAAGUUCUCUCCCAAUGGCAAGUUCAUUCUAGCCUGGUCUCUGGAUGGAUGCGUUCGACUGUGGAACUACGUUGAAGGACGCUGCAUAAAGACCUACCAAGGGCACACCAACGAAAAGUACAGCAUAGCAGGCACAUUCGGGUUGUAUGGACAUCGACAGGCAUCCAAUCCUCCCCGUGAAAGAUCAGAAGAUCAGCACACCAACAGCGCGAAGGAGUACGCUUAUGCUGCCAGCGGGAGCGAGGAUGGCAGAAUUUUAUGCUGGGAUGUCACAACCAAAAAUAUAUUACUUACCUUGGACGGGCAUUCUGACGUUGUGCUGGGGGUUGACGCCUUCUCCCCGCCUAGUAUGGACCAGAAGAGACUGAUGGCGAGCUGUGGCCUGGAUCGAACCGUUAGGAUAUGGGAGGAGGUGGAGGAUGACGGGGGGCAGACGACAAGGCAACAAACGGAGGACGAUCAAGGGAGUGAAGCUCCUGUGGAGGACAGAGACGAUGGUGAAGAGGCCGCUGAGGAGAACACGGUCAAGGUAGAAGGGGUUGAUGCCUCAGAUAUAGAGGACGGGCAGGCCACGAUGGAGAAGCCGGGCGUCAAUACGGACAGCGAUGGCGACUUGGUUAUGGGAUAG